AUGGAGAUUAAAGCCCAUAAUCCAAUUCAUGUCACCUCUGCCAGGAGCACUCAGAGCCAGUAUCAGGGUGACAUCAUAUACAAUGUACACACCACGGAUGACAUCAUAUACAAUGUACACACCACGGAUGACAUCAUAUGCAACGUACACACCAAGGAUGACGUCAUAUACAAUGUACACACCACGGAUGACGUCAUAUACAAUGUACACACCAUGGAUGACGUCAUAUACAAUGUACACACCACGGAUGACAUCAUAUACAAUGUACACACCACGGAUGACAUCAUAUACAAUGUACACACUAUGGAUAUUUAUAAUGAGAGGCAGGACACAAUUCACUCACAUUUUGGGACUUGUACACGUUUUGGUGGAGAUCACCCUCUUUGCACAAUACACCCGCCGACUUUCCUCACCUUCCCUGGGAUUCUACACCCGGCAAUGGCUUCAUUCCCUCUAUGGAUCGCUCUGCUCUGCUCCGGCUUCGUGUCCGCAGGCGCCAUCCAGUGGCUGGGUCUCACCGUUAAUGGCAGCUCUGUGGCGUGGAAUGAGAGUGAACACUGCGGUCUGUUGGAAGGAUUGGUCCCGGAUCAGAUGCAGCUCUGCAGGAGGAACCUGGAACUCAUGCACAGCGUGGUUGCGGCCGCCAAACACACGCGACUCACCUGCCAGAUGACCUUCUCUGACAUGCGAUGGAAUUGCUCCUCCAUUGAACUUGCUCCUCACUUCACCCCGGACUUACUGAAAGGUACCCGAGAAUCUGCCUUUGUGUACGCGUUGGCUUCCGCGACUAUAAGUCACACCAUCGCCCGGGCCUGCGCCUCAGGGGAGCUGCCGACGUGCUCGUGCGGCGCCGCGCCGGCUGAGGUGCCCGGGCCCAGCUUUCGAUGGGGCGGAUGUGGCGAUAACCUGCGUUACGGCCUCCAGAUGGGAUCGGCCUUCGUGGACGCCCCCAUGAAGUCCAGCAAAUUUGGGACCCAGGCCACCAAACUUAUGAACCUGCACAACAACGCGGUCGGCAGACAGGUGCUGAUGGAUUCCCUUGAGACCAAGUGCAAGUGUCACGGCGUGUCCGGCUCGUGCUCGGUGAAGACAUGCUGGAAGGGGCUCCAGGAUUUGCCACAUAUUGCCGACGAGCUGAAAUCCAAGUAUUUGGCGGGAACCAAAGUAAUGCACCGACAGAUGGGAAGUCGCAAGCAUCUGGUUCACAAGGAGCUGGACAUCCGGCCCGUGCGGGAAUCCGAACUGGUGUAUCUGAACAGCUCGCCGGACUACUGCACCCGAAAUCCCAAACUGGGGUCCUAUGGAACACAAGACAGACUCUGCAACAAAACGUCGGUGGGCAGCGACAGCUGUAACCUGAUGUGCUGCGGCCGCGGAUACAACGCCUACACGGAGACCGUGGUGGAGCGCUGCCAGUGCAAAUACUUCUGGUGCUGCUACGUCAUGUGCAAGAAGUGCGAACGGACUGUGGAACGAUACGUCUGCAAAUAA